UGUUUAAUUUUAUAUUAUUAAAAUAAAUUAAACAAUCAAAUUAGCUAUAAAUUAAAUUAUAGAUUUUUUCGUAUAUGUUAUAUUUUAAAUUUAUAAAACAACAAAAUUACUAAAAUGUUAAAAUUAUUAUGUUAAAAAUUAAUGAUCAAUGGUUUAACAUCCCCUAUAUAUUAAUAGAGAAACAUUUAAAAAAUAUAGAACUUGUAGUUUGUACUAAUUAAAAAAGGGUCAUGCUGAGUUGCCAUGUAAUUGAAAUGUUAAUUUGUUUACGUGACGGUUUGAAAAUCAAUUGAGAAUUUUGUUAAUCCAAAAUUAAAUUGCUAGGAAAUGUUAUAUUAGAUAUUAUGUCCAUUAUGGACAAUUCAUUUUAUCAAAUUGAAAUUUGUUAUAUAUUAUUUGCUUAAAUAAAACAUACAGAAUUACCUAAUGUGAUUUUUUUUUUUAACUGCAUUGCAAAAUGGACAAAACCAAGUUUGGGGGACAAUAAGAAACUUAUGAAAUGGAGAUACAAGAGAAACAUAUAGAAAGUGCUCAACCUUAUAAAGGUCUAUGAGCUAAUCUAGACAGUUUCUCUCAGGAUCCUUUGAUGCAACCAUGCAGGUCCUCCUAGCGCCAAAUACGAUUGUAGACGACCAUCACAUACAGAAUAUAAAUGAUUUUAAAACAUACAGAAUUACCUAAUGUGAUUAUGACAUAUAUAGUAAUUAAUGAUUUUAAAAAAUGAAGAUUUGCUAAUAAUAUGUAUACUUUCUAUAAUUUUGUUUAAUUUUUUAUUAUUAAAAUAAAUUACACAGUUACAUUAAUCAUAUAUUAAAAAUUUAUAUUUUUUUGUAUAUGUAGUAUUUUGAAUUUUUCAAAACGAGUAUAAAUUACUAAAACUGUUAAAAGUCUCACAUAAACUUUUGUGAUCAAUGUUUAAUUUUUUUUUCUAUAAUAAGAUACAAUGAUAAUAAAGUCAUACACAUAAAUAAUUUUAUUUUAAUAGGUGGUUAUGUUAAUAUAUAUAUAUAUACUUCGUAUCGUUUAAAUUUAAUUAUAUAUCAUAUACGAUAGAUAAGAUUGAUUAUUUUAAUUUAUUUAUCCUAAAAUGAUUGCGGAUAAACAAAAGCGGUCAUUUGAUUUAUAUGUGCAAGCCAAUUUACUACAUCAUAGUAACUGAUUUUUAGUUAUUUAAUAUAUAAUUAUUAUUUAUUAUUUCAUAAUAUACAGAAAAAUAUAAAAUAAGUAAUAAAUAUAAAAUAUUUAUUCUGCACAAGGCGCAUACCUUAACCUAAGUAUGCAUCUCUUUAAUAAUUUUGAAUUUUAUACAUUUUCUAAAUUCCAGGCCAAAAUAAAAGAAAGAAAUGAGAAUAAACUCAAAUAUCAAUAUUUAUAUCGACAAUAACCAAAAUGACACAAAAAUAAGAAAACAUCAAAUAUAGAUAGGAUUGGCACGUGAACGUAAACUUUUCAUAACCAUAAUUAAAUUUUAAAUUGCUAAAUCAUGAUAUAAAAUCAAGCUGGCAGAGUUUCAUUUUCACCAAAUAGUAGACAUGAGAUUCUUUAGUCUAAACAUUAGGUUUUUAUGCGAAAAAUAAUUUUUUGACCUAAAAUAUUUUUAAAAAUUGGAUCAGUUCAUUAGUAAACAAAUUAUGUAAUUAAAAAAAAAUAAAAAAUUGUUUAAGGGCUAAAAAUAUUAAUUCGAUGAAUAAUAUAAAUUUUAUUUUUCAUAAGAUAUUUCUUAAAUAAUUUUUAUAUAAAUUUACAAGGCGCAUGUCUUAUCCUAGUUCUAUACUAUUUGAUGAUAAUAUAUACUUGGUGUAUAUGUAUGAGAUAAAUAAAUAUGUGACGUGUAGGGUUCCUUCUUCUUUUAUAUUGUAAAGUUUUUGCUAACUCUUGUCCAUAUUUUCUCUUGGAUAUGUCUCAACUAUAUUACCUGUUUGCCAGCUAAUUGGAAAGGGUAAAACCGGAUUACUUGUGACGUAAAUGUUAGAUUAUACAAUAUGUCAAGAUCACUAACGUUUACUUAAUUUCUAUUCCUAAUUUGGUUAUUACACAUAUAAGCCUUUUAACAAAGAAUUGUAAUCAUUUCUCAAAUGGCUCCCAAGUAUUUGCACCCAUCCGACCGAACGGGUGAGGUUCAAGCCUUGAUUUUUCUAAACGGUGGAUCAAAUUGAUGAUGAAAUAUUGAUUUUGCACCAUAUGGAAACUUGGGUUCAUCCAUGGGCUACUCAAACAAUCGUCAACAGUUUCGAUGAUGCUGAAAAAGACAUUGUCAAUGCUAUGAUUAUUGGUUGGAUCUACAGUAGUGUGUAGAACACAAAUUACUAAAAUAUCACUAAAUCAUCUAAUAGAUAUUAGAUCAAAGGCAAAGAGGUCACCGACUCAUCAUCCUCGUAAAGAGACAAGCGAAUGCAAACAAAAGUAGCACACAAAUUUGGACAUCAGGACAUCUAUUUGUACACAAGUCCGUUGCAUAUGAACAUCUUGAUUUUAAAUCUUGAACCAAAUUAAAUGUCUCGGUCGAAACUAUUUUAAAUAUACAGUACUUAGUAGAUAAUAAUUGAGUCUUUCUUGUGACUACAAAAAUGACAUUACAAAAAAAAAACAGAUCAGCAUGCAAAAGCACAUUUCCAGAAUGGCGUCAUGUAGUUGAUUCUUUAAAUAAGGAACGUAUAUCAAAUCAUGUUUUUAUAUCAAAAAAGAAAAGAAAAAAAAAAACAGACCACUCUCUCUAUUUCUGUUCUCGAUCCGAUGCCAUUAUAUUUUUCGGUGAAAGCGACUUUAUACAAUUACGAUUUGGAUAUGGUAUAGAGGUGCAUACUUAUAUAUAAAAGCAUUACUAGGAGAUAUGUGGAAAUUUGAUUAACUUUGAAAGCACUACCAUACUUAAAAAAAGAUAAAAAAAAAAAACUUUGAAAGCACUACCAAUUCGUAGAGAAAGAUACAAAUAUUACUAAAUACCACAAAAAUAGUAUUUAACUAUAUAAGAAAUGAAUAUUUAAAUAAAAUAUACGAAGACUCUGGAAAAUAUAGAUUUAAAGAUACCACAAUCUAGUGAACGUUCAGUCUGUUUCUUAAACUAAAAAAACAAAAAAAUUCUUUUCGUUGAAAAAAAAUUCUUUUCGUUGAAAAAAAAUUCUUUUCGUUCAUAAUUCUAUAUUUUUUUGAAACACAUUUUCUUUUUUGAAACACUCAUAAUUCUACAUUUAUUAUAGAGAAUAGUAGAUGGUGACGUUAGCUUAGAAAGAAGAUAAAAAAGUGGCAUUAUCCGAACAUGUUAUAGAACAUGGGUUUGAUCAGAACCUAACACCAUUUUUCAGGAAGCUUCGUGUUUGGUUUCGUAUACAGAGAAUUCUGAGUGUAAAGAUACAUUCCCCUCAUGCUAUAUAUAAUGUAAAACUAAAACUAAUGGCCUCACCUUCUUUGGUUAACCCAAUUUAAUUAAUUUGUUUGUAAUACAACGUAAUUAGUGUUAUAUUUUAACAGGUAGAGAACAUCGAAUUUAAAAAUAUACUUUCCGCAACUAGCGUAGUAUUGGUGAACCUAAUUAUAUGGGCAAUUAAGAGAUUACUACACAUAAAACAAAUAGAAAGAAACAUUUCCAUACAGAAGUACAAUAAAUCUUUUUCUGAAUCAUGUCGGAUAUAGCUUUAAACGUUGGAGAUAAGCUGUACUCAAUGCAAUAAACUAAUAAAAACAUACGAGCAGCCUUAUUCCUAGCACAUGCACAUAUAUAGACUUCUUAGUCCAAGACAUGCACAGGAACAGCUCUCUAAGACACAAACCUUCCUUCCUUCCUUCCUUCUCUCUCUCUCUCUCUCUCUCUCUCUCUCUCUCUCUCUCUCUCUCUCUCUCUCUCUCUCUCUCUCUCUCACACAUCAAUAUUAGGGUUCUUGAUGGAGAAAGAAGAAUGCAACAGUAGUGAAUCCGGUUGGACGACUUAUAUUUCGUCGCCAAUUAAAGUAGAUGAAGAUGACGUUGUGGAUGAGGGCUAUUAUGAAGGGUAUAACAUCUAUAACUACUAUAGAAAAGGAGAAAAUGAAGAAGAGAAGAAUAAAGAUAGCGAUGAUUCAAUGGCCUCGGAUGCUUCGUCUGGACCAAGUUAUCAGCGCUAUCACCAAAAGAACAACAAAAGUGGACGAAGAGAGGCGUGCAAUUUGAAGAACGGGAAAAGUGAAGGUAAUAGUAAGAGUAAUAAUGAUCAUAAAAAUACUGGUAGUUCAUACAAGAAAAAAGAGAAGAAAACGAAAGACGAUAAGACUACCUAUAGAAUGAAGUGACUACUCUUUGUAUAUUAUUGUUUUAAUAUAUGUAACUUAGUGUUUGUAUAUAUAUUUUUU